GCGUGGCUUGGGCUCCUAGGAUAAAGAUCGCGAUCCCCAUUGUUAAGGGGAUUUAAAGGGGCCGUGAAGUGGGGGCAGGCGCAAGCGGGAGGCCGGGCCGAGGGACCUACAAGCUGGCCGCACCCGUGGGAAAGUCCGGCGACCGUACAGAGCAUAGGCCUGGAAGACGUGGAUACGUGGUGGGGGCCCAGCAGAGGAUCUAGACGGGGGGCAGCGAGUUUGCUGCGGGUGGGGGUCGCACAGAUUGGGAUAUGGAGCCUCCAGCGUCCAAGAGGAGGUGUCCCGGCCUCAGCCCGAGGUACAGACCGGACUCUCUGCUGGAUCUGAGUGCCAAGAAAGUGGCAGAGACGUGGGCCUUCGAGCAGGUGGAAGAACGUUUCUCCAGGGUCCCUGAGCCGGUCCAGAAGCGCAUAGUGUUCUGGUCGUUCCCGCGCAGUGAGAAAGAAAUCUGCAUGUAUUCCUCGCUGGGAUAUCAUCCACCCGAGGGGGAACGAGACUCCAGGGUCCCAUUUAACCGGGGGCUGCAGCUGUUACAGUCCGGAGCUGUGCAGCGAGUAUUACAAGUUGGGUUCCACCUCAGCGGCUCGGUCACAGAGUCUGGAGAACCGGAGAGGACCUACCAAGUGUCCAUCAGUUUUGACCGCUGCAAAAUCACGUCCGUCAGCUGUGGAUGCGAGAACAGAGAUAUAUUCUACUGUGCCCACGUGGUGGCUUUAUCCCUGCACAGAAUCCGGCGGGCACGGGGGGUGGAGCUGCGGCUCCCUAUCUCCGAGACGCUCUCCCAGAUGAACCGGGACCAGCUGCAGAAGUUUGUGCAGUACCUGAUCACAGAACAUCACACAGAGGUUCUACCAACAGCCCAGCGGCUGGCAGACGAGAUCCUGCAGUUGGGCUCCGAGAUUAACAGGGUACACGGAGCCCCUGACCCCACCGCCGGCGCAGGGAGAGAGGAUGACAAUUGUUGGCAUUUGGAUGAGGAGCAGAUUCAGGAGCAAGUGAAACAGCUUUUAUCGAACGGCGGGUACUACGGGGCCAGCAAGCAGCUGCAGUCCAUGUUCAGCAAGGUGCGGGAGAUGCUGCGGAUGCGAGAUUCCAAUGGAGCUCGGAUGCUGAUUUUAAUGACGGAGCAGUUUCUGGAGGACCCGCGGCUGGCUUUGUGGAGGCAACAGGGCGCUGGCAUGACUGACAAAUGCCGCCAGCUCUGGGAUGAAUUAGGUGCCCUGUGGGUAUGUGUGGUGCUGAGCCCUCACUGCCGGGCAGAAGAAAGGGAGUCCUGGCUGGAGCUACUGCGAAGGUGGAAUGCCAUGGACAUCUGUCCCCUGGAGGAGGGAAACUAUACGCUGGACGGGCCCGGGUCACAGACUGUGCCACAAAGCUCAAGUGGAAGCCAAGCUCUAGCGCCCCGUCAGACUGUGUUUUCCAGGGCUCUCAAGGCUGGAGAGCUACGUUGGAAUGACGCCCACUUACAACGGGUAUUGAACGGGGAGACCUGCGCUCCGGGUGGCGGCGUGAAGAGCAAUACCGACAAGCUGUCCUACGACCCACAGGGACGGCCACUCUGGUUAGGGGACCAUUUCCCUGUGGCUUGUGCUCGGGUCGAUGCCCUGCGAUCCCAUGGGUACCCGCUCCAGGCAUUGAGGCUUGCUGUCUCUGUCGUCAACACCAUGAGGCUACAGCGCCAGCACCAGAUGGAAGGACUAAAGCAGCAGAGAAAAGAGCUGCAGAUGAAGGGCAGCACGACUCUCACCAACCUGGAGGGGUGGAUUGGGCACCCACUGGAUCCCAUCGGUUGCCUCUGUAAGACCUUCCUGGAGGCCAGUUUACCGGAAGAUGAAGGACCAGCUCCAUAUCCAGAACUUGGUGGAGAGCAGAGGAAGGUCAUGUACCAACACGUCCCGGUUCCUGGUGGGUCCCCAUCUGGGGAGUCACUUCUGUGCCUGGCACUGGAAGUGGCCCUUAUGGGGUUGGGGCAGCAGCGGGCCAUGCCAGAAGGGCUCUAUGCCCAGGAUAAGCUGGUGCGCAGUGAAGAGCAAAUAAUCGGGCUUCUGGGAACGUUGGAUAUGGGGGAGAGGCUAGUGCAAGUGCUAAGGAAACAAGCAAUGUUGCUGUUGGAAGGUGGUCCAUUUAGUGGAUUCGGAGAGGUGAUCUAUCGGGAGAGUGUUCCUAUGCAUACAUUUGCGCGCUUCCUAUUUACAGCAUUACUGCCCCACGAUUCAGACCUGGCCUACCGCGUUGCCCUAAGAGCCAUGAGACUUCCCGUACUGGAGUCGAUUCUUCCUCCCCAUGGAUCAGAUAUCAUGCCCUUGGACUCUAUGCUGACCAGUCGCUUCCCUCGCUGGUUUAUCCUGGGACACUUGGAGACUCGGCAGUGCGAGCUUGCUUCUGCCAUGUUGACUACAGCCAAAGGAGACCCCAAGUGGCUUCACACGGUCCUGGCUUCCAUCCAGCAGCAUAUCCACUCCCCAGCCCUGCUCUUCAAACUGGCCCAGGACGCCUGCAAGACUGCCACUCCCCCCAACUCAUCCCCGGACUCCACCCUGCUAAAUAUCUCUCUGGAGUUAGGAUUACAGGUGAUGAGGAUGACGCUGACCACACUGACAUGGAGACGGAGAGAGAUGGUGCGCUGGCUGGUCUCCUGUGCCACAGAAAUCGGAUCCCAGGCUCUGAUCAGCAUCAUGCAGAACUGGUACACGCUCUUCACCCCCAUUGAAGCCACCAGCAUCGUUGCUGUCUCCUGCACGUCCCCCGCCACCCUCCUGCGCUUCAGCCCGGACCCCAGGCAACGAGAGGAGCUUUGCUCGUGUGCACGGGCCCUGGCCCUCCAGUGCGCCAUGAAGGAUCCCCAGAGUUGCGCCCUACCUGCCCUGACCUUGUGCGAAAAGGACCACACAUCUUUUGAGGCCGCCUACCAGAUUGUGUUGGACAGUGCCAGCUCUGGCCCCGGUGCCCACUCCCACCUAUUCACAGUCGCCCGCUACAUGGAACACCGUGGUCUGCCGAUGAGGGCUUUUACCUUGGCCACUUUAGCCCUGUCUAACCUGAACAUUGGUUUCAGCCAGGACUCCCAUCCGGCAGUCAGCGACGUCCUGUGGGCUUGUUCUCUGGCCCACUCAUUGGGUAAAGUGGAGCUGAGCACCGUGGUCCCCUUGGUUAUUAAAAGCGUGCAGUGUGCACCAGUGCUGUCCGAUAUACUGCGUCGUUGUAGUCUGGCCCCUCCUGGCCUGGCCCAGGUCCUCUCUGCCGCCCAUACCGCCAGGGGGAGGGGAGCAGGCCCACGGUCUGACAAACCACCGCUGUGCCUGCUGCUGGAAGCCGCAGUUGGGGCAUACAUCAGCACCACCCACUCGCGCCUCACUCACAUCAGCCCACGGCAUUAUGGGGAGUUCAUAGAGUUUCUUGCUAAGGCCCGGGACACCUUCCUGCUGUCCCCAGAUGGACAUCGCCAGUUUGCCCAGUUCCUGGAUAAUCUAAAACAGACUUACAAAGGCAAAAAGAAACUGAUGCUCCUGGUGCGGGAACGGUUUGGCUGAGAGACCUGAAGACCGAGGUUCUCCCUGAAAGACUUGCAUUUCCCUUAUCUGGGGGCCCAGAGCGAUGUGGAGGGUUAUGGGCAGAGUGCCCCUCCCAAGCUCCAUCGAACAUUUGUUCCUUCUGGCGGAGGAAUACUAAUGCGUAGUGAAGGAAACUCUCAUUUCUGAAGAAUCACGGCAGCCUGCCGGGGGACAUUUUGAAUUAUGUUUCUUUAUUAACUUCUAUUUAUAUAAGUGGUGAAUACCCCUCAUCUCCUGCCUUCACCAUUGAUGGGUCCAUAAUCACUUUUUUUGUAUGGUCCAUAGUAUCUAUUUAUUUACCAUGCAACACCUCCCAGGACUGGUUUGUGUGUGUGGUAGUAAUGAGAGAGGUUUGGGAAUUGUCUGCUAGGAGCAGAAUUUAUAUAUUUAUGUCUGAAGGAUUAUCUGUAUUAACUUAUUAAUUAAUAUUUUUAUUUUUUUUUAAGGUAAAAAAAUGUCUGAGUUCUAAUUGUUCACACCCCUUUAUUGGGUGUUUAAAUGUGAAGUCUCUUGACCCCCCAAAAAAAAAAAAUCGAAUACAUUAACCCUACUAGUGGCAGCAGUUGCCUUUUGUAGCAAAACUUUAACAGUCCUGGGCUAUUCUAGCCUGUGCCCAUUUUUGGAAUUGAUCAAUACAUCAGUCUCCGAUAUAGGAAAGAAAGUCACAGAAUUAUGAAGGGAUACAAUUAUGGUCGGUUCAUGAGGACUUAACACCUAUCUCCAUGAGAGGUGGCCAUUUUGUGCCUGUGUUUUUUGUUCCUAGUGAACGGAUUCUCAAAUACUGGUCUAAUCUUCAAAAUGGCUGCCUCCACUGGCUGUAGUUGAGGGAAUGGAUCGAGUUCUGUCCUCGGAAGUGUUGAAUCUGUUUGAAUUUUAGACCACGUGGCCCUUUUGGGAGUAUAUUUGGGCUUUUUAAGCCUGCAUAAUUUGUGACCAAAACUGCUCCGGAAAGGUAUUUACGAUGUCUGUCUUUUUACUUAUAAAUAGUGUAUAUUACUGUUUGUGUACAUAUAACGUACCCCAGGACACUGGAUAAUUCUGUGCUGGGGACAGUUUUGAGGGCCGUCUGAGUAGCACUAUAGUAGUGUAUAGAUGUAUGUUGAUUAUGGGAGUGCUUAAUACCUCACAAUCUCCCUUUUCCUAUGUAUGUAAUAAACUGUAUGUUGAAGAUAUAACUCAGGAAGAUCCAAGCUGCCCCCCUGAUAGAACUGAGCAGCACUGCAACCUACUUUCUCUCCUGUUCCCUUUCCUUACACCAGGGGGCGCCACUCCCCAUGCAUUCUGCCCUCCAGAGCACUCUGCUUCCCAGAUCACAGUUAUGAGUAACACAUUGAAGCGGCUUGCUGCUGAAUAUGACUCUUGGGUGGGAAGGGGCUGUUCUGAUUUUAAAAAGGAAAAAAAAAAAAGUAUUAAUUUAUCAUUCACUUAUAUUUAUUGAUGGUCUGUUACACUUGAUUCGAAUGAAGAAGAUAAAAUACAUUUUAAAGAAA